AUGGUCGCAGGAAAAGAGUUUGCUCGGGAGGUAAAGCAAAAGCUGUUCAGAGUAACGAUUUGGGACUCAGUCAACGAACUCUCUGUGGAUAAGCUCAAAAAGUUUGCACAGUAUUUGGUCAAUGAGCUGCCGAAAGAGUAUCUUCCAAUUGCUCAAAGAUUGCUGGAUCAGUUAAAAUGCCCGGAAUCGGAGAUUAAUCAGUCUCACGGAGCUCCGGAUCCAUCGGAUGGCGGGUCAACGAACUAG